AUGGUCGAUACUCGGAGUAUGGAUGAGAAUAUCGAUGACUUCUUGAAGAUUGAAACGCUUAAGUACGGCAAGGAUACAUUAUCGUUGGAAGAGGUGACAAGUGCAGCAAGGUCUAAAGAUCAGGAUCUGAAGUCCUCUACGGCUUCACAUGAAAGUGGUGAAGGAUAUUGUGCUAGAGGAAGGACUGAGAAGAGGGAUCCUGGGCACACCAAGAGGGAGUGCUACGCCAAUAGGAAGAAGUAUGGCGGAGGAGAAGACGAAGCGGAAGCAGCCGUUGUGAUAGAUCGUGAAUCAACAAAUGAUGCACUGUCGGUAGCAGAUAUGUGGCAUCAUAAUAAGUGGGUGAUUGAUUCUGGAUGCUCCUACCACAUGACGUGUAGGAGAGAUUGGUUUCACACGUUUGAAGAGUUGGCUUCAGGACAGGUUCUUCUUGGUAAUGAUUGCGCGGUUGGAGUGCAAGGGAUUGGUACAAUCAACAUCAAAGCUUAUUAUAGUUCUAUCAAGAUGCUCACGAAUGUCAGGUUUUACAAGCAUGGUAAACUAGCUCUUCCGGGAACCUUGUCUGGGUCAUUGUACCUGUUAGAUGGUGAGACUGUGUCAGGUGAAGUAAACAGCAGUGUCAGGAAGAAACCAUUUAUGGAUGAGACAGUCUUGAGGCAUAGACGUCUUGGGCAUAUGAGUAUGAAGAAUCUACAGAUUCUUGCCCGGAGAGGGGUGAUCGAUAAGAGGAAGAUUAGAGUUUUGGAGUUCUGUGAGAGUUGUGUGAUGGGGAAGCAGAAGAGGUUGAGCUUCAAUAUCGGAAGACAUGAUACAGGUGAAGCUCUCAGACGUAUGAACAAGACUCUGAUGGGGAAGGUAAGGUGCCUUCUGGUUGAGUCGGGUCUAGAGGAACAAUUCUGGGCUGAAGCGGUGUCUACGUCAGCGUAUGUGACAAACAUGAGUCCAUCUUCUGCAAUAGAUAGGAACAUUCCGGAGGAACUUUGGUUGGGCAAGAAGCCCGGUUAUCUGCACCUAAGAAGAUUUGGAUCUGUGGUUUACAUCCAUGCGGAUCAAAGAAGGCUCAAGGCCAGAGCUAAAAAGGGAAUCUUCGUCAGCUAUCCAUCAGUUGUGAAAGGAUACAAAGUUUGGCUUCUUGAAGAGAAGAAGUGUGUUAUAAGCAGGAAUGUGUUAUUUACAGAAGAUAAAGUCUACAAGGAUUUGAGUGUCUGUGAGGUUAAAGCAAAUGUCACAGAGAAGCUAAGAAAUCAGACUGUGCUGGGAGAAACAGCAAGAUCUGCUUCAGGACCGGAAGUUAAACCUUCAAUUGGAGCUGUUGACGAAACAGCUGAAGUAGCUGUUGACGAAACAGCUGAAGUAGCUAUUGACGCAGAUGAUGAACAAGGUGAAAGCCUUGAAGGUUAUCAGCUAGCAAGGGAUAGAGUUUGGAGAAAAAUAGUGCCACCUGCACGGUACUCUGACUCAGAGGAUAUAGCAGCGUUUGCGCUAUAUGUAGCUGAUGACGUAUGUGCUGAGGAACCUCAAGACUAUCAUGGAGCGAUGAACAGCAAAGAGAGAAGGUAG